ACGUUAGGCCCGUCGCACCCGAGCAUGGGGCUCCGGAAGCUGGCCCCCGGCAACGCCGUCCUGCUCCUCGCCGUCGUCUGUGUCGCGGCGCUGCUGGGCCAGGGCGCCGGCCAGGGCGCCGCCCGGGAGGCCGAGUCCACCGCAUUCCAGAGGACGGCGCGCUCGUAUUCCCGCGCCGGCGGCUGCACCCCGCUCCACGCCGAGGUGGCCGACUACCUUGACAUGCCCCCGGACCGCCACCAGGAGGCGCCCGACGACGACGACGACGAGGGGGAGCAGGGCGAUGACGUGGGCCGGUGGCUCGAGACGCAGCACUUCGUGGCGCACCGAGGCCGCCGACAGCGCCCGCUCCCCGACGACGCCGGCGGCGACCGCGGCCCUGGCGGCGACCGCGGCUCCGGCGGCGAGGAGAGCGUCCCGUCGGACUACUGGCACCACGGCCCCACCGGACUGGGGAUCCGCGAGCAGCUGGAAGCGCUGCUCGACGCCCAGGAGCCGCCCGGCGACGGCGGCACCGCAACACCGCCGCCGCCACCUGCGCCGGCCCGGCACACGGGCACGGGCCGCCCCGGCCCCGCCUUCAGGCUAGAGCACAUCUUCGCACCCACGCGAGGCCGGCGCUCAGCAGGCGGCACGGACCUGGCGGAGAGGGAGGCCGCGCCACCACGCCUGCAGCAGCGCCCGUCGCGCCGGGCGUGGCACCGAGCAGGGCAGCAGCGCGCGUGCGGCCGGCAGCAGGCGAUGACCCUGGCCUUGGUGCAGGAGCGGCUGCGGGCCUGCGAGGCGCGACUCGGGUCCGGCGACGGCGGGCGCGUCGACCAGCAGCCGCAGGCGGCGGGGCAGAGCGCGCCUCCGUCCACAACCACAGCCGCGCCCGCGGAGAAUCGACCGACGGGCACGGGUGCGCGCCGGCAGCGGGCCUACUCCAUCCUGCUCACGCUGCGCUGACCGCCAGGCUGACCGCCAGGUGGUCGCGCACCUCCUUCGCACCGCCCGCAAGCGGCCCCCCUCACACGCUGGAAACGCAAAGUGUGCGAAUGCAGCACACUUGUAGGUGUGCCAAUUCACACACUUUAGGGUUUCUGCGCACCGACUGCACCACCACGCCGCCGACCACACUGCUGCUCACCCUUCUGCGCCCACAACGACCUCGCGCCCCCCGAGACCGCAACGGUGACAGAUAAAAACCAGGGAUAUCCAAUAAAAAAAAGUUGUUUAUAAAAAG